AAAGCAGAAGACGUCAAAAGGUCGGAAUUUUUAAUGAAAUCUGUCGGUGGGAUGUUUUCUCUUUUCACUGAAUACACAAAACCGGUUCAGAGUGAUUUAGUGGUUAUAGGUGUCGUCAAACUACCACGCUUGAUAAAUUUGUAAUGUCAUUAGAAGAUGCUCAAUUCAGGUUCCGAAUCAUGGCUUGAUCUGAUCAUUCGGGAUCACUCAGCUGUGGCCGCCCAACUCUGCUGUAAAUUUGGACUGUGUUAUAUGAAGUCGUCGCUUUUGCAUAAUGCGGAUAAGUGUUGUAUUAAUUUUGUCUUGGUGUGAAUCAAACUGUCACCAAGUACGUGAUUGAUUUAGUUAGAAUUCAUGUGCGAUAUUUUUUGGUUUUGUCUUGACUUUACUUCUACUUUUCAUUCCUUAUAUCAUAAAGGGGAAAUAUUGUAUAUGAUGUGUGAUUCAUGAGGAGUAAUAUUCAGAAAGAUUGGGUGUUUCUUUUUGGAUCUUAAUAGAAUACAUCAUAAAACAAAUGCUUUGAAAAUACACCCCUUCUUGUGUCAGCUGGCAACCCCGAGGCUUUUCUAAUGUCAGGAUUUCUUGUGAACGGCUACCAAUCUGGGCUUGUACCAAGAAGCAACGCAGAAUGGGUCAACAUACAAAAGAACACCUUUACUAAUUGGGUCAACGAGCAACUACGCAUGCGCGGACUGUCCAUCCAUGACCUUAGGACUGACCUUGCAGAUGGGGUCAGUUUGGUAGCACUUCUGGAGGUCUUACAGCGCAGACGUAUAACUGGUGUUGUCGAGCGCCCGAGCAAUCCACAUGAAGCACUUCAGAAUCUGAAUGUAGCUUUAGAAGCAAUCGGGGAAGAUAAUGUUCGAAUUGUAAAUAUCGGUUGUACAGAUAUCACAGAAGGCAACAUUAAACUGGUUCUUGCCCUCAUUUGGCAGCUGAUCCUCCGUUAUCAGGUGGGACUGUCUAAUAUCCAACACAAGAACUGGAUGUUGGCAUGGUUACAAGCUGUAAUUCCGGAAUGUAACAUCACUAACUUUACUACAGACUGGAAUGACGGCGUAGCCCUACAUGCUCUGAUAGAAUUCUGUAGUCCCGGUCUGUGUCCAAACUGGAAACAUCUAAGGGGACAAAACAGGCUCAGCAACUGUCAAAAUGGAAUCAAAAUAGCCCGCAAGCAUUUCGGAAUUCCUCUCAUUCUUAAUCCGGAACAUCUCUCAAGUUCCCAGCUGGACGAUCUAUCCUGUAUAACAUACUUAUCAUAUUUCUUAAAAGUCGGUUCCCCGGGAUUUAACGCCACGCUUCAGCGCAUUCAGUCCCUAGUAAGGGACAUCCCAGUGUCCAAUUUCACGACUGACUGGAACGACGGGCGAGUCUUGUGCCAGUUAGUAACCAAUCUAGGGGGGAACCUCGGGGACUUCCACACCGCCUCAAAUAUAGAGAGGCUGCAGUACGGUAUUGAUGGGGCACAGUCUCUCGGUAUUUAUCCUAUAAUGACUGCAGCAGACAUGGCUGAAGAAGACUCGGAACACCUUGGCAUUAUGGCAUAUGCAGCGAAAUUCAUAAAUAUGAAACCAAUUUCUAUAUCAGCUUUCUCAAAGUAUGAGCAGAAACAGAUCAUUGUCUGUGACGAAAGACAACCUGUGAUUCCUUCGGAAGCCGUGAUUCCAAUAAGAAAUACAGGAGACUCAAAAUACACAGUUAUCCAACCUGGUGUCAACAAACCGGACAGGACAAGAUCUUUCCGAAUCGAAAGAAUUAACAACGGACCGAAGGUCAACUCCUAUCAAAUAAAUGGAAUAGAGACCAGACCCGAGAGUUCAUUCCGUAUUGAAGGAACCUCCGUCACGUCUGAUCCGCGACCUAAACAGAAACCGGAAGUCAAUGGCUAUCAUGAUACAGUAGAUGGUAAUGUUACCUAUAAUCUUAUUCGACAACCGUCGCUUAGAAAAGCCAAGAAAACCCGCCCUGACCCGACUGGAGGGGUUAAAGUAGAUACGUAUUCAGUUGGUGUCAUCAUGUCCUCAACAACAAACGAUAUUUUACUUAAAGACGAUAUCAAAAUCGAAGCGUUGUCUCCUAAUGGCCGUAUCAUCAAAAUGUCCGGUGUUGGUACUUACAAUGCACAGUUCGAGCCCGAUGAAAUAGGGGAAUGGAGGGUUUCCUUGUAUUGUCAAGGGAAACGCAUCGACUCGUGUCCUGUUGAUGUUUGCGACCCUUCAAGAGUCAGGGUCAUUGAUCUAAAAGGUGGAAUAGUCGGAAGACCAAACAGAUUUAAAGUUGAUUGUUCAGAGGCUGGUAAAGGAGAUUUAGAAAUUUUCGUGAAGAAUGACAAAGGACGUGUUUCUUCCUUCUGCUCAGACAAUGGACAUGGCAUCUAUAAUGUUAAUUUCACGCCCUACCUCAAAGGAUUGCAUUACAUCACAGUCAAUUUUAACCGGGCAGAAAUCAGAGAUGAUGAAAUUUUACUGGGGGCAGAUGGUGAAGGGAUGCACAGACGUGCUAUUUUCUUCUCUGAAAUAAUCGAAGAAGAUGACGGAAAAUUUAAAGUGAAAGCAUCUUGUGACUGGCAGAUAGAUUAUGUCACGGGUGGACCGUACGAAGUCUCUAUAUCGGAUUCUGUGGAUGUUAAAGUGUACAGCAUGAAGGAUGGCACGAUCUGCAAUCUCCCUCAUCUGAUAGCGGACUGCUCAGAGGCUCCAGAGGGGAGAUUGGAUGCUGAAAUAACUUACGGUCACGAGCGAUUUCCCGCCACUGUUACCGAAACGAAUCCAAAAAUCUAUCAAAUCACGUUCCGUCCAAGGGGCAAAGGAACGUACAAAGUGUGGCUAGUGUACAGUGGUUUAGUCGUGAAAGGUUCACCAUUCAUCAUAGAGGUGGAUGAACUAACAGCACCGAAAGCUGAAGGAGAUGGGCUAAGAAAGGGGGUUGUUGGCCAACCGGCUAAAUUUAAGAUUGACUCCAGAGGCUUUCCGGGUGACCUUCAUAUUGACAUACAAGGUCCGCACUAUCCUAUUAACUUCACCCGAAUACCUGACAAAGACGGCACAUUUAAUGUAACGUAUACUCCCGAGGAAACCGGGUCUCAUAAAAUCCGUAUCAAUAUCGAUGGUCGACCUAUAGAAAAGAGCCCUUUUACAGUGAAAGUCGUAGACCCAAAUAAAAUCCGUGUUUCCGGGGGGUGGCGCCCUCUAAUAGAUGACAAUGAACGAAUCCCAUUGGUCGUCGGAAAGGAGAAGCAGAUUCCAUUCGAUGCAUCAGAAGCCGGACCUGGUGAACUCACUGCAGACGUUUGUGGGCCAACAACAAAAAUACCGACAGCCGUGGAGAUACGCCCCGGGGGUCGACACACACUGGUGUUUACACCAGAAGAGGAAGGUGAUCAUUAUAUUAAUGUUAAAUGGGAUGACUUUCCACUGCCCAACACUCCAUAUCUAGGAUACGCCACCAAGCCACCACCGGACAGUAAUGGCGGUCUGUUUAGACCCGUCAUCAACCUUAACCUUAACACAGGAUCGCCAAGGUCUAUCUCGUCCGAUGAACAGCCCCGAGUCCAACCAACACAACUCCAUAGCCCACUUCACAGCCCUGUUAACAUUCUUUUCGAGCUUCCAAAGGGAGCUGUUAUGAAUUCAAAUACAUACCCUCUGCCCGCUCCAGACUAUCCUGAUAAUACUUCUCGGAACACUUCACCAAGGUCCAUAAAUGUCAUUCGGAGACCCUCGGACACCGGAUAUCCCAAAACUAGAGUUUCUAAGAUGUACCUUCCACAACGAGCAGAAAGUAUGUACUCUUCGACGAAUUCUGACCUUCCGGUGAGAGUUAACGUUGUGCGCAGGUCCAACACAACAAGCCAGGGAUCGAGUCUCCCCUCUACUAGGAGAUCCUCUGUCAAGGGCUACCCCGCUCCUACGCCCCCUACUAAAGACCCCUCCAAGGUUGUGCUGAGCGGGAAAGGGCUCAAACAUGCUCACCUCGACAAACCAGCUGUGUUCACCAUAGACGGCCGAAAUGCUGGAGAAGGGGAACCGGAAGUCAGAAUAACAGGGGUCAACAAAGAGAUUCCGGUUAAGAUUGAGCCUACCGGUCCACUCCAGUACAGAUGUACCUACACACCGACGGAUCCCGGCGCUUACCUGUUGGAUAUCACCUGGAAUAAACGGCCUCUGAAAUGUUGUCCCUUCAAAAUCAACGUCAACCAGCCGGUGUAUCCACACAAGGUGAACGUCAGUGGCCAUCCGCUUAAAAGCGGCGUUGUUGGGCGCGAUAUUCAAUUACACAUCGAUCCUAGAAAUGCUGGAUUAGGGGACUUAACGGUGAAGUGUGUUGGACCUCAAAUGUCAGAGGUGCCAGUUACACUGGUGGACAACUAUGAUGGAACCCAUAGUGUUAAACUAAGACCAGCUCAACCUGGGCGCCAUAUUCUGCAUAUUAUGUAUGGAAAUGAACACGUUCAUGGAAGUCCAUAUGCAAUUGACAUAAAAACACCACGUAAGCAGCAGUACCCGGUGAGAGUGUACGGCCCCGGGAUAAGUGACGGGAUUCUCCCGGAGUUUGAGAGCCAUUUUAUGGUAGAUGCUCAAGGAGCUGGGGCAGGGGAACUGAAAGUCGUCAUCAUGGGCCCAAAAGGUGCCUUUAAUGUGGAAUUGAGCCGUACUAGCCAGAAAGACAAACUUGUUCAUUGCCGCUACAGUCCGGUAGAACCAGGACUUUACACCAUUAAUGUUAUCUGGUCCAAUGAACAUGUAGAAGGAAGUCCGUUCAAGGUUAAUCUGGCAACGAGUCAACUGCAGCUAGAGCGCAUGCUCAUGGAAAGGAGGGCUUCUCUGCCUCGAUCCUUAUCAUCCAGUAAAGAGGCCCAAGGAGAUCCGGAAAAUCAGAAUAUUCUGUAUUGAACAGGACUUCUAUUUUAGACAUUUUCGUUUGAUUUCAUUUCAUUACAUUUUAAAGCAUUUUUUUUUACAUGUAACCACAAAGGGGAAAAGGUUUAAAAAAGCAAAGAAUGUACAAUGUUUAAACAUUUAGUUUUGUAACAUUUCUUUGAGAUGUUUUUGCCCUUUUCCAAUCAUUAAACAUAAGUGCAUACCAUAUUAAGAGCUUCAUAGCAAAAAAAGAAAAAAAUAAUAAUAUUAAAUACUGUUGUUUUUGAAGGAAAAUUAAUAGUACAUGUACUUUUUGAAUAAAAAGGUGCCCUCUGAAAUGGACAUGGUUGAUAUAGGCAUGUUGACUUAAUCUAUAAACAACCAACCAUGUGAAAUGAAAAGAUUUGUGAUGAAUCCUUGAUAUAUGUUUCAUUGAAUAAUUGUAAACAAUCGUUUGAACGAUGAUGCAUUACUUUUUUAAAGUUUGAACUGCUAAAAACUAUUAUAUUAUUGUAUUGGAAUCUAUAUAACCAUGUCACAGGAAUUUAGAAUUUUCCAAGACUGUUGUUAUUUUUUGUUGUUGUUGUUGUUAUUUUUUUUUUAAUCUAAACAAAGCGACUUUUUAUUUUGAUGUUUAAUGAAUAAUAGAUGCAAGUAGAUUAAAUUUAUAGUAUUUUUAUUAAGGAUUUUCAACACUCAUGGAUAAAAAAUCUUUUUAAUUUUCAACAUUCAUUGUAAUGUUUUUAUAUUCGAAUGUUCCACGUCUUUUGUCGAAGAUACUGAACUUAUUUUUAUUUUAU